UGGAGUCUGUUGCUGUCAUAGACAUCACAGUCUGAUGGGCAAUAAUAAAAUAUUUGUAGUCUGAUCAUUGAUACGCUACUUUUGUAGUCGGUUCUUUUCGCAAAUCAGCAUCACCAUAAAAUAGUGGUUAGCUGCAGCCAUGACGGAGUUCUGGUUGAUUUCGGCGCCUGGAGAGAAAACCUGCCAACAGACAUGGGACAAAAUGAUGUUGGCCACCACCCGCACAAACAACCUGUCCACUAAUCACAAAUUCAACAUUCCUGACCUAAAGGUCGGGACAUUAGAUGUCUUGGUUGGACUGUCUGACGAGCUGGCCAAACUGGACGCGUUUGUGGAGAGUGUGGUGAAGAAGGUCGCUCAGUACAUGGCGGAUGUCCUGGAGGACAGCCGAGACAAAGUUCAGGAGAACCUGCUGGCCAAUGGGGUCGAUCUCGUCACCUACAUCACAAGGUUUCAGUGGGACAUGGCCAAGUAUCCCAUCAAGCAGUCCCUAAAGAAUAUCUCUGAUAUUGUCUCCAAGCAAGUGACGCAGAUUGACAAUGACCUGAAGGCCAGGGCCUCUGCCUAUAACAACUUAAAGGGCAACCUGCAGAAUCUGGAGAGGAAGAAUGCGGGGAGUCUACUGACCAGGAGUUUGGCUGACAUCGUCAAGAAAGAGGACUUUGUGCUGGACUCUGAGUAUCUGAUCACAAUGCUCGUGGUUGUACCAAAGACAAACUAUGCUGACUGGCAGAAGACGUAUGAAACUCUUUCAGAGAUGGUAGUCCCCCGCUCCACAAAUCUGCUGUUUGAGGACCAGGAGAGUGGGCUGUUCAGUGUCACCCUGUUCAGGAAGGCUAUCGACGACUUCAGACUCAAGGCCCGGGAGAACAAAUUCAUGGUGAGAGACUUCCAGUAUAAUGAGGAGGAGAUGAAGGCGGACAAGGAGGAGAUGACCCGUCUCUCCACCGACAAGAAGAAGCAGUUUGGUCCUCUGGUCCGAUGGCUGAAGGUGAACUUCAGUGAGGGCUUCAUCGCUUGGAUCCACAUCAAGGCCCUCAGAGUGUUUGUGGAGUCUGUUCUAAGGUACGGCCUGCCUGUGAACUUCCAGGCCAUGCUGCUGCAGCCCAAUAAGAAGACCAUGAAGCGGCUGAGGGAGGUCCUCAACGACCUCUACAAGCACCUGGACAGCAGCGCCGCCGCCAUCAUCGACCAGUCUGCCAUGGACAUCCCUGGCCUGAACCUGAGCCAGCAGGAGUACUACCCCUACGUCUACUACAAAAUCGACUGCAACCUUUUAGACUUCAAAUAGAAGCGCUCAGACGCUGGACGCGGCCACCUUUUGUCUCAAGCCGUCUAUGUGUUGACAUGAACUGGACCGGCAACCACUUGAUUGGUUGACUCUUCCCCUUAAACCCGCCCUUGUCUUGCUCUUCUGCAUGCUCAUUGGGUGACCAGACCACCUCUUUCCUCCCAUGUACAAAAACAGUGGCCGUAUCUCAAAAGUCAAGGAUCCUGGCCUUGCUGGGAUGUGAAACACCCAGUGAUUGGGUACUCUUAAGUGAACUCUGCGGAGUAUCCAAUCACUGGGCUUUUUCGCGUCCUAGCAAGGCCAGAAUCCUUGACUUUGAGAAACAGUGAUUGUUUUUAGCUUUUGCAGUCUAUUUUCUUGUGUCCUGAUUUCCUUCUAAAGGGAGUUCUGCUGCGGAGGAGAGAUGUGUUGCAGUGUGGUUGAAAUAUGUUUCCCCCAAAGUCUCUUUUCUCUUCCCAGCAUGAGCUGGGUAGACGGGCUCGUUGUUGAAUCUUUUGUGUGAGUGAAAGAAGAUCUUUGAGGUUGUUAUUGGUGAACUGCAAAUUAUCUGGUCAUCCUAUGCUCAUUCCAUUUGGCAAGGUAAUUCCCAUUGCCACAAAGAGAGCACUGGUACGACAGUUUACGAUUCUGUUUACACACGUUUUGGAUUUUUUGUUGUUGUUUGCUUUGUUUUUGUAAGAGCAUCAGAGUAUUCAUACACAUGCUUUCAAAAAGGAGCACUUACAUUUUCAGAUGCAUUCUUAAAUGGAUGAAUCAGGUUUACUUGAGAUAAAACACUGUAUUUUCAGUCAUUCCACCUUGGUGUAGUGUUGAGUGUUAGAUGUAUUCACUGAUUGUUAAACUGCUGGUGUGUGUGUGCGUGUGUAGGGUGACAUGUUGGCUUGCCUUCACAGGCUUGUCUUACCUAUGAUAUGAUGGCUUUUUUGAAGCACCGUCUUGGUUCACCUCAACAGCAGAUGAUCAUGUCUAAAAGGAUGUUAUUUAUUAUAUGUUGUCAUGUAUAUUUGGUGUGUGUGAAGAUGAAUAUAUAAAAUACUUAAAUAUAUAUGUCAAUGUAAACCGUGUCUGAUGUUUACUUGGAUGAAACAAUAAAAUGCAACAAA